CGGUGCGGUGCGGCGCGGCGCGGUGCGGUGCGUUGCGGUGCGGCGCGGCGCGUUGCGGCCCCCGCAUGGCGCUCGCGGAUGAAGUGGCCGCGUUGUGCCUGCAGCGCUGGAAGCAGCUGCCCCGCACAGGGAAGCCGGAGCCCGGCAGGGAGUGGACGCUGCUGGCCGCCGUGCUGCAGGUCACCCGCUGUGCGAACGCAGGUCGUAUUAAGAAGGAGGUCGUGUCCCUGGGAACCGGGACCAAGUGUGUCGGGCAGACGGCGAUGAGUCCCAGAGGGGACGUGCUCAACGACAGCCACGCGGAGGUCCUCGCUAGGAGGGGAUGCAUCAGGUACCUGCUCCAGGAGCUGAAGCGGGCCGUGCGCGGCGAGGAGAACUCUGUGUUCGCUCCGGCAGAUCAACGGGGGAAGUGGAAGCUUCGGCCCGGCGUUUCCUUCCUCUUCUUCACCAGUCACACUCCCUGUGGCGACGCCGCCAUCGUCCCCGUGAUCGACGGCCGGUCUCGGCCCCGCCCGCCCGCCACGUCCACGGAGAGCCACAGAGGAACCGACCUGAAAAGGGCCGCUGAGGAACCGAACGAAGCAGACCGCGCGAAGCGACCCCGUCCGGAGGAGGAGGAGGCGGCGGCUCCGGAGGACGGGGGAGACACGGGGCGAUCCGUCCUGCAGAGUCCCGCCGACGAGGCGCCGCCGCCGCCGCGAGUCCCAGACAUUCACAGGACGGGGGCCAAGUGCGUGCCGGGGGGCCCGGCGGUCCCCCUGACCCCCGGCGCCGGUUACCACAGCACGGGAGCGCUGCGGGUGAAGCCCGGGCGAGGAGCGCCGACCCGCUCGCUCUCCUGCAGCGAUAAGCUGGCCCGCUGGGGGGUGCUGGGUUUCCAGGGCGCGGUGCUGUCCCACUACCUGCAGGAGGCGCUUUAUUUCGGCACCGUGGUGGUGGGGGGGUGUCCCUACAGCCAAGAGGUCAUGCAGAGAGCUCUGGUCACACGUGGGGCGACCCCCCCCCCCCCCCGUCACUGCUCGCUAACCCUCAAAUCUCUGCGCGCAGGUUCCGCCUGGUGCAAAGUGGAGCUUUUCCAUUCCUCCCUGUCUCUGGUAGCGGCCACUGACCCCGAAGCGCUUCCCGACUCGUCCAGGGGAGCCGAGCUGAGGACGUACUGGGACUUCAAGCGGGCGUCCCGCCCGUACCAGCAGGCCUGGGAGCAGCUGCGCCGCCAGGCGUUCCCUCUGUGGCCGCGCUGCGAGCGCUCCCUCCUGUUCUUUUGCUGAAACGCGGCGCCCCCCCCCCCCGGAGGUUCCCAGCUCCCGGGUGGGGGGAGGGGGGGGGAAACGCCGACCGUCCCGCUUUAUUUUGACCGAGGACAAGCCGGCCGGGCGCCUCGGAUGGCGGAUUUCAGUGUGCGAUUCGUAUCCGAUGUCCUGCCUGAAUUAAUGCAACCACAGCAGAAUCACAUCAGCUGUAUUGGCCGUGUGUGUUUUCUUUGUUCUCCAUAGUUUUUUUACAAAUAAACAACAAAAAGAUCAAAUGUGUCCAACCAAAAACGUUCAUAGAUCUGCGCAAAUUUAGUAGUAGCUUGCCAUGACCUUUUGACCUCGCUCGUAUAGACCCGAGAACCCGGGGAACAGCUGUGUCCCUCACGAAGACCGGACAGGGACUGGCGAUCGGUUGCGUUGUGGAUUCCUCGUGUUGUUAGUUAGAGGACACAUUAGGCCCUGUGGUCCUAACUGGACGUGACAGUGUCUGUUCGGAAUGUCAAAAACAAGGGUCGCAUAGUUUCGCAGGCAGGAGGGAUCUGAUGCAUUGUGGGAUGUGGCAUUUACGUUCAUGUCGGAUGUCCAGCAUUGAGGCAGCGCUGCUUUUGCACUUGUAGAAUGUCGCAAAAUGCCCAUAAAUGUGUGUUAAUCACUUAUCAGAAUGAAAAUGUUGUCCUCGUUUCAAUCUUGGGUUCCUUUUGUAAAAUGUUAAUUUAUCUUUUGUUGCGUGCUGAAUGUGCUAAAGCUUUUCUUUCCGGAAUCCAAUUGUUCUUUUCCUUUUAAACCCAAAAUAAUUUUAAAGAAUCAUGGUUGUUUACAUUAAUUGAACCCCGAAAUUUGCCUUGUUUUGACAUUUGUAUUGAUGAGACAUUCUAAAUAUAGCUCUUAUUUUGUAUUUGGUAUAAAAUAUAAAAACAGUUAAGUAUA